UCUCUCCUCUCAGUCCGGUCAGGUGAUUGUGUGAAGUCGCGAGGUCCCGUGACCACGCGUUUUGAAUCACGCGAACGCGCUGCCAAUUAUCAAUGAACAUCGCGUGCGCAACCAACAGAAGAUGGAACCUAUAUUCAUGCAUUCAAUGGCAACAAUAGCGUAACUGAAUUAUUGAUCAUCUGUUGCAGCAGGAAUAACAAUGGUCAUGGACUUCAGUCCGAUAUGUCCUCCUCGCAACCAUUCGUCUCCUCCCUUCCGACCUGUCCAAACUCGCGCUUCACCUUCCGACACCUCCAACAACUGUCUCAGUAUAGUACUACCACACCACUUCGCGUCAUAGCCCUCGUGGAUCUCGAUGCCUUUUAUGCCCAAUGCGAGAUUGUCCGCCUUGGCCUUCCUCCGACCACCCCACUGGGAGUACAGCAGUGGCAAGCUCUGAUCGCAAUCAACUACCCCGCAAGAGAAUUUGGCCUCAGUCGGCACGUAACACCUCAGGAGGCACGAGAGAAGUGCCCGGAGGUCGUGCUACCACACGUGCCAACAUGGAAAGAAGGGGACGAUCGGUGGCGGUACCGCGAGGACGAUGACCGGGAUAUUGCGACGCAUAAGGUAUCGCUGGACCCAUAUCGCUUGGAAAGUCGCAAGAUUGUUCAAGUCAUCAAGGAGACAUUGCCCAGCCACCUCCAACGUGUUGAAAAAGCCAGCAUCGAUGAAGUUUUCCUGGAUCUGUCGGCGCAUAUCCACUCGAUACUGCUGGAACGCUUUCCAGAGCUCCAAGGACCUCCCGACGAUCCGGCGGAGCUGUUACCCGAACCACCUACCAGCGCGAUCGAUUGGGAUGCGGAUAAGCUUAUCAACCUGGAUGAUGACGAAGAGCAAGAUCACGAUUGGGAUGAUAUCGCUAUGGCGAUUGGAGCGGAAAUCGUGCGAGGUUUAAGGGAUGCCGUGCGGACACAGUUGAAAUACACUUGCUCAGGAGGAAUUGCACGCAACAAGAUGCUUGCAAAGCUUGGAGCGGGGCACAAGAAACCGAAUUCACAAACAGUGAUACGGAAUCGCGCUAUAUCCCAAUUCCUUUCCCCCCUGAAAUUUACCAAGAUCCGGAAUCUGGGUGGCAAGUUAGGUGACCAGCUUGUUUCCCACUUUCAUACCGACUCUAUCACCGAACUCCUUUCUACUUCUCUUGGUGGUUUGAAGCGUCGUUUGGAUGACGAUACCGCCGCUUGGGUCUAUUCAACACUCCGAGGCAUCGACCAUAGUGAGGUGAAUCCCCGAACUCGAAUCAAAUCCAUGCUCUCUGCGAAAUCAUUCCAACCCACGAUCAAUUCCUGGGAUGCUGCCGUCAAAUGGCUAAGGAUCUUCGCAGCGGAUAUCUUCCUUCGAUGCAUGGAAGAGGGAGUUUUGGAGAACCGAAGGCGACCAAAGACCCUGGCGUUGCAUUUCCGGCAGGGAAACACAACACGAAGUCGUCAGGCACCCAUUUCUAGCGCGAAAAAAGCCAUGACUGAAGAUGGCCUAUUGAACGCAGGGAAGGGACUGCUAGCCCAAGUCGUGUCCGAGGGAAGGGCCUGGCCAUGUCGACAUCUUAGUCUAUCGGUUGGAGGUUUUGAAGACUGCGUCGAAGAAAACAAGGGGAUUGGGAACUUUUUGCUGAGAGGUGAGGAGGCGAGGAUGAUGAAUGAAGAGGUGCUUCAGAGGGAUAAGAGAUGGGAAGAGGAGGGUGACGAAGGGUAUAACGUUACAGCGAUUGCUAGUGUAGGAACGAAAUCAGCGAAGAGAAAAAGACCCCAUGGCGAUACAGGCGCGCUACAUAAAUUCCUCCGACCAACAUCAGAACUGUUUCGUCCUGAUCUGGGUAGUCGGUCUCAUGCAGUUCAUACCAACAUGUCUGCCUCGAUCGAAAUGAGCGGCUCGCACCCGAAGACAUCGGCAUUACCCCCUAGUAUUGGUUCCAGGGCAGAGAAUUCCGGCUCGCCCUGUCCCCGCUGCAGCACGGCGAUUUCGCCUUCGUCCAAAGAUGAACACGCCGAUUGGCAUUUUGCCUCCGAUCUUUCCACCCAACUGGCUGCUGAGUCCCCGACCAGAAAUCGACCUCCAGACAUAAUAUCUGAGAGAAGUCGGAGGGGGGUUAAUACCCAGGAUGGAAAUGCCAGUGGGAAGGGAAAUGGUAGAGCCAGGGGUAGACCGAAGAAGAACGAAGUUGGAAUGGCAAAGGGGCAAAUGAGAUUGACCUUUGGGAACGGUCAGAACUAGACACUUUCUAUCAUGUAAGGAACCGUUGUACAAUUCAAACCCGAAAAACGAGAUCUUGCCAGCACGAAAGAUGAACGGAACACCUCCAGGCAUACUAAUCAACAUGGUCUUCCAUUUCGCUUUCCUGAGUAUAUCGCAUUGCCUAUGAAUCCAUUAUCCAUUUAGAACCUGUCAAGUUGCGAGAUGACUGCGAAAUAGCUUCAAUCGGUACCGACGGCAAUGGUCGUCCAUGGCGGUGGUUCCCUAUAAAG